AUGGAUAACAUCAAGGUUGCCAUUCGUGUCCGUCCACUAAUUGGAAGGGAGGGUGGAAUGGUAAACCAUUGGACGGUACAUGAAGACACUAUCAAGCCAACAGAGGCAGUUGGAAAGCUGGGAACACCAUAUACGUUUGAUCGUAUCUUUGAUGAAUUGAUGACAACUUAUGAUAUCUUCGAAGAAGUCUGUAAACCUAUUGUUGAAGGUGCUGUGCAGGGAUUUAAUGGAACGAUAUUUGCUUACGGUCAGAGUUCCUCGGGAAAAACAUUUACCAUGUCCGGAAGUCCGAUGCAGAAAGGAAUCAUUUCACUCGCUGUAGAGGAAAUAUUCGCCAUUAUAGAAGCUUCACAUCAUCGGGAGUUCCUGAUUCGUGUAGCCUACAUGGAGAUAUACAACGAGAAGGUGACUGACUUACUGUCAAGCGAGGAGAAAAUUAUCAAAAUACAGGAAGACCAAGAGAAGAACAUCCAAGUGACAGGUGUGAAGGAGGAGCUCGUGAGCAGCAGCAGCGAUGUGUUGGCCAUCAUACAGAAAGGCGACAACCGGCGUCACAUGGCAGAAACAAAACAAAAUGACCGCAGCUCUCGGUCUCAUUGUAUUAUACGUAUAAUUAUUGAGAGCCGAGAGAAGGGUGAUGAAGAAGCAGUCAUGGUUGCUCAUCUGAAUUUUGUUGAUCUUGCUGGUUCAGAAAAAGCGGGAGAAAACUCUGGGGAUCGUCUUCGUGAAGGCUGCUCCAUCAACAAAAGCCUUCUGAUUCUUGGACAAGUCAUUAGCAAACUCAGCGAUGGAGUAAGCAACCAGCAUAUUAGUUAUCGUGACUCAAAGCUUACCAGGAUACUGCAAAUAUCAUUAGGAGGAAAUUCUAAAACGGCCAUCAUUGCUACCAUCACUCCUGCUUCCCUGGAGGAAUCUCACAGCACACUCAGGUUUGCAUCACAGGCCAAAAAAAUUAAAAACAAAGCCAUGAUCAAUGAAGUAUUGUCCGAAGCAGCCAUGCUGAAAAAGUACCAGAAAGAAAUUCACCACCAGGUACAAUUAAACGAGCGUGGGAAAAUUGAAAACCAGGACCUGAAGAAAAGCCUGGAACAAAAGGAAGCACAGAUAAACAACUUGAAGAAGUUUAUUAUCCAGUCUGGCCCUACACAAAGUCAUGCCAAGAGAAAAAGAAGAGAGACAUGGUGUCCUGGGAAAAAUAAGAGAAUGAGCAUCUUUAGGCCAUCAGUCUCCUUCGCUGUUGAGGAGGACAUAUUUCUGUCUGAGCUGCCGGUAGUUGAGGAUCUGCCAGAAACUCUCCCCGAGGAAGAUGCUCCAAUGAUACCAGCAAAUAUAACAACAAGGAAGAGAUCAUUUGAACAAACGAAGAUGCAGGAAAAGAGAUCUGCCAUUAGCAUGAGUCCCGAUGCUAAAACCAAACGAAUGAUGGAUCUUGAAGAUAAAUAUGAAGCCUUGCUGAAAGAUCAUGCUCGUCUACAGACAGAGUUUGAUGAUAUGUCAACCUUCCACAACCUCGAGAGGAAAACUUUGGAGGAAAAUAUUGUUGAGCUACAUGAUGAAAAGGACAUGAUCCAGCAUGAAUGCAUGAAAUUGUCCGAUGAGGUUAUACAGACAGAACACAAGCUGGGUAUACAGACUCGAAGGAUGACAGACUGUCAGAAUGAGCUAGAGAACUUCAGGAAGUCUGGAACUCUGGAAAGUCCGGAUACAAACUUGUUCAAACUACAGCAAGAAUGUGAGGACUUGAAAGAAACUAUUAAACAGUUUGAACAGGAAAAGACAUUUUCUAAAACAGAACCCCAAGAACCUACAGACGCCAUACAAAAAUUAGAACAGGAAUGUUCCAUUCUCAAACUUCAAGUAGAGAAACUUGAAGCUGAGAAAGUGGAGCUACAAGGAGUGGAUACUGAUAGUACCAAAUUGGCUUCGUUGGAGAAGGAGUAUGCCGUGCUUCAAGCCACUGCAAAGGAUUUGGCUGAUGAACGCCUGAGUGUGCAGGAAACUUUAACUGGUUUUGGGAUUAAGAUUGAACAGAUACCUGUUCUGAAGGAGAAGUUUGAGGAACUUAUGCAAGAAAAUGAAUCUCUUUCAGUGGAACUUAAUUUAUUGAAAGAGGAAGGGAAAAUGAAAGAUGAGGAAGAUUUGCAAGAUUUGAAAGAGACAGCCAGUGAUUUGCAGCAAAAGCUUCAACAAACAGAAGAAGAGAAAGUAAUGUUGUUAUCAAAAGUGGAGGACUUAGAAAAUGAGUGUAAGGAGAAACAAGUGGAAAGUGAAAUGACCGAGAUGAAGGAGGAAUGUGAAAGGUUGAGGGAGACUGUCAGGGAGCUUGAGGAAGAAAAGGGACUUUCUAAAUCAGAGGCAGCUGAUUCUAUUGAGGCCAUGGAGAAGCUGAAGGAAGAAUUGUCUGUUCUGAAACAGCAAACAGAGAAGCUGGAAGCUGAGAGAGUUAAGUCAGUAGAAGGCAUAGAUACUGAAAAUGAUAAGGUUGCUACACUGGAGGAAGAAUGUGAAGUUCUGAGAGCUACAGUGAAGGAUUUGGCUGAUGAACGUAUUAGUAUGCAGGAUGAACUGACAGAGUCAAGUAUGAAACUUGAACAACUACCCAUUCUAAAAGAGAAAUGUGAGGAACUUGCUCAGGAAAAAGAAUCACUUCUCGAGGAAAUUUCUUCAUUGAAAAAGGAGGGGGAUACCGGACCAGAGACAAUGGAUGAGGAAAUGCAGAUUCUUAGAGAAAAAAACAGCAACUUACAGGAACAACUUGAAUUGCUUGAAGAAGAGAAAGUGCAAUUGAUUUCCAAAAUGGAAAACUCACAAGGUGUAGGUCAGGAAAAACCAGUAGACGAUGCCAUGGCUGCUCUGGAGGAGGAGUGUGAAGUACUUAGAGCCACUGUGAAGGAUUUAGCUGAUGAACGACUCAAUAUGCAGGAUGAAAUGAAAAAUAUAGAACAGUUACCCAUUCUGAUAGAGAGAUGCGAGGAGCUUGUACAAGAAAAAGAAAUUCUUUUAAAGGAAAUCACAUCCAUUAAAGAAGAGAGGAAGACAGAGGUUGAAAUUCAGGAGCUGCAGAGUCUCCAAGAGAAAGCUUGCAGUUUGGAAAAAAAAUUGGAACAGACAGAAGCAGAGAGGAUUACUUUGAUUUCAAAGAUGGAAAACUUGAAUAGUGAGGGCCAGGAUACAACAGCUUUAAGUUCUUUGUCUGUCUUACAGGAAGAAUGUGAAAGACUGAGAGAGACCGUUAGAAAGUUUGAGGAAGAAAAAAUGUCUUCUGAAUCAGAGGCAAUUGAAAGUGAUGCUGGUAUGCAAAAAUUACAGGCAGAAUACUCUGUUCUGAAACUCCAAUUACAAGAACUUGAGGAAGAAAAGGUGAAGUUAGUGGACAGUAAUCACGCUGAAAGUAACAAAAUGUUGAUGCUGGAGGAAGAGUGUGAAGUGCUAAGAGCCACAGUGAAGGAUUUGGCUGAUGAACGUCUCAACAUGCAGGAUGAAUUGACAGAGGUUGGUGUUAAACUUGAACAACUCCCCACCUUGAAAGACAAAUGUGAGGAGCUUGUGCAAAAGAAUGAUUUGCUUGUGGAAGAAAUUGCUUUACUGAGAGAUGGGAAAGCAGGAUCAGAAAUGCAGGAGGUUGACAUGCAGAUUCUCAGGGAGAAAGCCAACAGUUUUCAGGAAGAGCUACAUUUAGUAAAAGAAGAAAGAAAUAAUUUAAUUUCAAGAUUGGAGUUGUUGCAAAAUGAAUGCGAGAAAAAAACGAUGGACAAUAAAAUGGCUGCACUAGAGGAGGAGUGUGAAGUACUCCGAGCCACCAUGAAGGAUUUGGCUGAUGAGCGAUUUAAUAUGCAGGAUGAAUUGAAAGACAUUGAGCAAUUACCCAUUCUGAAAGAGAGAUGCGAGGAACUCGUACAAGAAAAGGAAUCACUCUUAAUGGAAAUUUCUUCAUUAAGGGAAAACACAGGAUCGGAAAUGAAGGAUGUUGAAAUGAAGAUUCUCCAAGAAAAAGUCAGCAAUUUACAGGAACUGCAUGAAUUGGCAGAAGAAGAGAAAAAUAAGUUGAUGUCAAGGGUGGAGAGUUUACAAAGUGAAUGUCAGGGUGAACCAGGACAGGAAUGUGAGAGGUUGCGGGAGAUCGUAAGAAAGCUUGAAGAAGAAAACCAGUCUUCUAAAAUAUUAAUCACCGACUCGGGUGAUGCCUUGCAAAAAUUACAAGAUGAGUGUUCUGUUCUUAAACUUCAAAUAGAAAAACUUGAAGGUGAGAAGGUGAAUUCAUUAGAAGGCACAGACAGAAAUAAGAUAGCAACACUAGAGGGUGAAUGUGAAGUUCUUAGAGCGACAGUAAAGGAUCUAGCUGAUGAAUGCCUUGGUAUGCAAGAAAAAUUAACAGAUGUUGAACAACUGCCAGUUCUGAAGGAGAAGUGUGAGGAACUUUUAAAAGAAAAAAAUGCAUUAUUAUGUGAAAUUUCCUCUUUAAAGGAAGGAAAGAAAUCAGGGAUUCAGGAACUGGAACUGCAGAAUGUUAUAGAGAAAUCCAAUAGUCUAAUGGAACCAUUAAAUCUGGAAGAACAAGAGAAAAGUCAUGUGGUUUCUGAGGGGGCAAACUUACAAAGUGAGAGUAUGGAAACACCAGCUGAUAGUAACAGUGCAUUGGUUUUAAUGGAGGAAUGUGAAAGGUUGAGAGAGGCUGUCAGGGAGCUUGAGGAAGAAAAGGGACUUUCUAAAUCAGAGGCAGCUGAUUCUAUUGAGGCCAUGGAGAAGCUGAAGGAAGAAUUGUCUGUUCUGAAACAGCAAACAGAGAAGCUGGAAGCUGAGAGAGUUAAGUCAGUAGAAGGCAUAGAUACUGAAAAUGAUAAGGUUGCUACACUGGAGGAAGAAUGUGAAGUUCUGAGAGCUACAGUGAAGGAUUUGGCUGAUGAACGUAUUAGUAUACAGGAUGAACUGACAGAGUCAAGUAUGAAACUUGAACAACUACCCAUUCUAAAAGAGAAAUGUGAGGAACUUGCUCAGGAAAAAGAAUCACUUCUCGAGGAAAUUUCUUCUUUAAAGGAGAAAAGCACAGGGGCAGAAAUGCAAGCAGUUGAGAUCCAGAUAAUCAGAGAAAAAGCCAGCAACUUACAGGAACAACUCGAAUCAGUAGAAAGAGAGAAGGCUCAGUUGAUUUCAAAGUUGGACCACUUACAAAGUGAGGGUCAGGAUAAACUAACACAUGAUGCAAUUGCUUCUCUAGAGGAGGAGUGUGAAGUACUGCGAGCCACAGUCAAAGAAUUGGCUGACGAACGUCUCACCAUACAGGAUGAGUUAGCAGAGGCUGGUCUCAAAAUUGAACAAAUCCCAGCUCUAAGACAGAAAUGUGAAGAACUCGAACAAACAAAUAAUUCACUUUUAGCAGAAAUUUCUGCUUUGAAGAGAACAAACAUGUCUCUUGAAAUGCAAGUGACAGAGACUGCCAGUAGUUUAAAACAACAAUUAGAGGAAAAAAGGCAGGUGAACUCCAAAUUAGAGGUCUUAGAAAUAGACUGUCGCAAAAAACAAGACUUAGAGGAGGAGUGUGAAGUGCUCAGAGCCAAAGUGGAGGAUUUGAACAAUAAACAUGCUAAUAUGGAAGAAAAAAUUGCUGAUUUAGGACUCCAAGCUGACCAACUUCCCAUUUUGAAGGAGAACUGCAAAGAACUUGUGCAAGAUAAGGAUUCACUACUUCAAGAAAUUUCUUCAUUGAGGCAAGGAAAUACAGAUAUGGAAAGACAAUUAGUUGAAGUAAAAGAUCUUCAGGAUAAAGUCAGUAGUUUGCAACAUCACUUGGAAAAGUCUGAACAAGAGAUCCUCCUUCUCAGAUCAGAAUUAAAAGACUUAGAAAUUGAAAGACAGACAAAAACUGCUGCAUUCAAAAAGUUUAAAAGUGAUUAUGAAUCUAUGGUGUUGGAAAAGAAAGACUUAGAUGAGAAAGUACAAAAUUUAGGAAGAGAACUUACUGAAAGAAUCAGUCAACAGAAUGCAGAAAGUGGUCGAGUGUGUGGCCUUCUGGAAGAGAUGAGUGAGAUGCAGAAGAAAGUUGCCCAGUCCAACAAGGAGAGAAAUGAGAUGGAGUUGAAACUUGAGGAUACCAUCAGUGAGCUACAACUGAAAAGCCAUAUGAACGAGGAAAUUAUUGAGUACCAGAACGAGGUGGCCCAACUUCAGGAAGAACGAUCUCAGCUGAGUAGUGAACUUAAGUCACUGAAACAAACACUUAGUCAUUAUGACAGUCCUGAAGCUAUGCAAUCCCAGAUUGAAGAUUUAAAAUUGCAAGUUACUGACUUGUCUUCAGUUGAGAUACAAAAACAAGAAUGUGAAGAUGAGCUGUGUGCCAAGAACAAAGAAUUAGACCAGCUUAGAUCAGAAAUCUCUACACUGAAGGACCAGUUGGAGCCUUCACAGCACAGCAUGUCCAACCUUCUCAACUCCUCUACACCAUGGGCUGAAGAGAAAAUGGAGUUGUUGAAGAAAAUUGAUGUCUUGAAGAUAGAGAGAGUAAAGUAUUCCCGUCUGGUGUCCGAAGUUAACAAAAUGAAAGAGGACAAAAAGAUGCUCAUUUCCUAUUGUAAUGAUCUGGAAAAGCAACAACAGAAAGCUGUGGAUGAAUCAGAAAUGGGGAAGAAAUUGAAGGCAGCUGAGGCAGAUGCAGACAAAUAUUAUGAUCUGUUCAACAAACAACAGACGAGAAUAGAGGAGCUGGAGUCUUCAGUCAGCAAAACACAGACAGACAUAGAUAACAUGAGGUCACAAGUUCUCGAAAAAGAGAAAAAGCUGACAGAAAUGCAACAAACAGCUGCCAAGCGAUGGGAAGAGAUUGGAGAGAAAAAGAUGAAAAUCUUCUCUCAGAAUAGAACUAUUGAGAAAUUUGAAGCAGAAAAACAAAAAUUGAUCCAGCAAUACGAGGAAACCAUAGAGAUGAAGGACAACAGAAUCAAGAAAUUACAAGUUGAAGUCAGACGGAGGGAUGCAGAAACAUCAUAUUUGGAACCAUCGUCCAAGGGCCAAAAGGGGGAAAACUCUACAUCAAAGGAGAAUGUUCCCGGGGGUGCGGUGGAUCACUACAAUGCCUAUAUGUUAGAGGCAAAGAACGUGCGACUGGAGAGGGAGGUUAACAAGCUGAAAAAGAAGGUGAAGACUCUAGAGGACAACCCUGUCACCAAACCUUGUAGCUGUCCCUUCCAGGAACUCAAAGCUAGAUUUGAACAGCAGAGUGAGGAGAAGCAGAGAAUCCAGAAAGAGUAUGACGAGUUAAAGAAAAAACAUAUCGUAAAGUUGGGCAGUAGAGAAAUUGAUAUGAGUACAAUCAAAGUUCCUGAUGUAAAAGUUCCAACCACAACCCCUGAUCCAACAGAAUUCUCUCGAUAUGAUGACAGACUACUUUCAGAAAGUAAACGUAGACCAUACACAAAUUAUCCAAAGAAACCAUUUUCAGACAAUGAAUGCAAACAGCAGUGAGAAAUCCACAUGUUUAUCAGACCUUCAUAGCUAUGACGGCAUUUCAGGGAGGACCAUUUUGGAGAGUUUCGGAAAAAUUACAUCGUUUCACGGUAACAAUGAAAGGCUGAUCCAUCAAACACUAAACCAAAACUCUGAGUUAGGGAAGUAGUUUUAGGACUACAACUACCCUACAGAAGAAUUUCUUGAUAUGGUGAAUCAAAAGGUUGAUCUCAGGUUUAUUUCUAUAUAUGUCUAUCUUUUCUUCCCUCGUCUGUCUUUCACUCUACAAUACAAUGAAGUG